ACCAGGCAACGCGGCGCGCGCUGGGCACCUCGAAAAUAGUAUAAAUGGAUGAAUGAGCAGCCAAGGUGUAUGUAUUUUCCCUCGUCCAGGAUGGACUGAGUGUGUGUGCAGUGGGAGUGUGUGAGCGCUGGACAUGUUCGGUUCCGUUUGGAGAUAAACAGGACUGAAGGCACCGUCGCGCGCGGACCCCGUCUGGCCUCAUUUUAAUCCUGCAGGAGGAUUUUUUAUUUUUAUUUUUAUUAUUAUCACUAUAAUUAAGGGUUACUCUGCUGUUGUUGUGUGUGUGUGUGUGUGUGUGUGUGUGGUGUGUGAGAAUGCACAUUGCGAAAGCGAGCUCUGCUUCCCUCGCCAUCAUGCCCUCGCACGUCGGUGCGGAUUAGCGCUGAAGAUCAAAAGCCUCUUGUGCGGAGUUUGCGGUGCUGUGCGUGGCAUGUCGGAGUGACACACACACCAUACACACACUGCAACCACCAGCUGCUUCAGUCUGACAAAAUGGGAGAGCAACCCAUCUUCAGCACCAGAGCCCACGUCUUCCAGAUCGACCCAAACACCAAAAAGAACUGGGUCCCCACCAGCAAGCACGCUGUCACUGUAUCCUACUUUUACGACAGCACCCGCAACGUCUAUCGCAUCAUCAGCCUGGACGGCUCCAAGGCGAUCAUCAACAGCACCAUCACCCCCAACAUGACUUUCACAAAGACCUCGCAGAAAUUCGGGCAGUGGGCGGACAGCAGGGCCAACACCGUCUACGGCCUGGGCUUCUCAUCUGAGGGCCACCUCAGCAAAUUUGCGGAAAAAUUCGCGGAGUUUAAGGAAGCCGCGCGGUUAGCAAAGGAGAAAUCUCAGGAGAAGAUGGAGCUGACUAGCACUCCCUCGCAGCGCAAACUGGCUUUGGCGUCUUCAAAGCACAAACGGGACUUGACUCUGGCCGCUAAAAAGGAAUCUGCUACGGGUGACCUGCAAUCACCUUUGACCCCCAAGAGCAUCAACGGGACGGACGAUGAAGGGAUCACUCCUGACGUUUCUCAGAACUCCGAGCCUCGAGUCGAGACCAACGCAGUGCCCUUCCCCCACAGCACCUCGACUAACAUCAAUAAGCACUGGGAGGCCGAGCUGGCGGCGCUGAAGGGCAACAACGCCAAGCUAACGGCAGCCCUGCUCGAGUCUACAGCCAACGUUAAACAGUGGAAACAGCAGCUCGCUGCUUAUCAAGAGGAGGCAGAGAGGCUGCACAAACGGGUAACAGAGCUGGAGUGUGUCAGUGGGCAGACGACAGGAAUCAAAAAUCAGAAAACAGAACUGAACCAGACGAUAGAGGAGCUGGAGGCGGCGCUGAAGGCCAAGGAGGAGGAGCUGGAACGAUUAAAGGCAGAAGUUGAAAAAGCCAACGAGUUGCAGACCCAGAACGACACGGUCACCCAAAAACUACAGGAAACAGAGACACGGACGGCAGAACUGGAGACUCAGCUAGCCGAGCUGGAGCAGCGCGUGGAAAGCAGUCACAGCGAGCAGGAGACUUUCCGCAAAAGCCUGCGCUCGCUCCUCGAGCUGCUCGACGGAAAGAUCUUCGAGCUGACCGAGCUGAGAGACAGCCUGGCCAAACUGAUCGACGGAGGAAGCAGUUAGAGUCUGCGGGAGCACACUGCCCUCUGGUGGAGAAAACAUGCACACGCACAUACAUACAUACAUAACAUAACAUACACACACACGCGACGUCAUGCCAGCAACGUUCAUUAAACAUGCAUGCAAAUGGACAGAUGGAUUCGAAAUGUCCAUGUCCUCACACAGGUGCACUUCCACAAACUGGUGCCUGCACCCACCACCCACACCCACACACACACACACACACACACACACUACAUAUUAUGGGCCUAACUAUGGAUUUAACCUGCCUUUUUGAAAUUUCUGAUUUUUAUGAAAUAUACACAUAUUAAAGGGCGUCUCAGUUUUUAUUUAUUUAUUUAUUUAUUUACAUUUUUUUGGUGUGUAUGUGUGUGUAUGCCAUCGCACCGCUGGGCUUUUCAUACAGACACGGCUGUCAGCGCGUCUCAGCGACAGGUCAAUGUGAAUACAGUGUUUAUACUAGCCUGCUGAAAGGCUUAAAUUUUUUUCUUUUCAGAUUUAAAUUACAGGUUGUCUGGAUUUUAUGUCACAUUUAUGCUUUUUAAUCAGUCACAUGAUUACAGCCAUUUGUUAAAGAUGCAUCUGAGAGCGAAAGGCAUCAGAGGUCAAAAAAAAAGAAGGAAGGUAGUAAAAUGUGUUAUUAAGAGAGAGAGAGAAAGAGAUGCCAUGCUGCCAUGUUUGGUGCAUAUAAUCAUGUCUGUUUUGGAUAUUUUUAAGACAUAUAAAGGAUAGUGUUUUUCCAGAAAGGUAAAGACACACUUUUUAUAUCAGCUGUUGGAUGAACAUUUAUCAUCACAAAGUUGUAACAUACAAAUCUAUACAUCUUAGGUUCUAUCCAAUUACAGUACAAACAAAUUACAUGGGGCAACAUUUAGCUUUCUACUGCACCAAGUGGUCACUAAGGUGAAGUGCAACAAGUACUAAUAUAGGUGUAUUGAGGCAGGAAUCACGUUGCCCCGACCCCGUGCUCUUGGUUUUUACCGGUGGUUGGCGUUCACUAUUCACUGUUGCAAUACCGACAACGUCUGCCACGUGGCCGGGUACUUAAGAACUUGGGUUGCCAUUGGACUGAUUUAAAGUUUUAAAAGGUCUUGAUUUCUAACUAAUAAUCCGAAAUUAAAUCUAACAGAUUUCUACAAGGCGUGAGUGCAGACAGUGUGUCUAUGCUGUACAGAACUAUAAAAAUAAUGAGAAAGGAUUUUGAGAUUGACUGGAUGUUAUUGACUCCUCAUAGCUGUAAUCGACGGGGUGUGAUAUUUUUAGGACUUGCAGUCCACAUUCACGAGCUGCUGCAGGUCCACGUAGUUAAAUUCGCGUAGCUGCACAACUGGGAAAUGAUCACGACUAGACGUUGAGAUGUUAUGACUACUUCGAGAUGUUUUUCUGUUGUUGUAGUUUUGUUUUCUUUUUCACCCAGCACUGUAUGUUUGUGUCGAUAUCCUGUGCAGAAAGGUUUCACUUUAACUUGAAAAGAUAUUAUUGAUUCACUGGUUAUUUGCUGUAAUGAAGAUUUCUGAGAGAUGUCAGAGUUCACGCUGCUUCCUGUCAACACACUGGAUUUUUUUUUUUUUUUUGUUCUGGGAAAUGUAGAGACUACGUGUGAAUUGUGGAUUACACUUACACAAUCGGGACGCAAACAAGUCGACAAAUUUUGGUCUUGGUGUCUUUUUUAAAUUUUUUAAAAUGAAACUCCUACCAUCAGACCAUCAGCAAAGGGGCUUCCUGAGGUUGGAAAUUCCAGGUCUCCAGGUCCUUACUUAUCCAGUCACGUCCCCACUUUGUGGCACCCGAUGAGUCGGACACGUCGGAUUUGUGGAUUAACUCCAACAGUGAAACCAUCCUUCCCACACACACACACACACACACACAUACACAACACUUUGCUUUGACUAUAAGACACUCUUUCAUUUCUACACAUUUUUCUAAUAUAUAAAUAUAACUAAUUUAUAGUGCACUUGUGCAAUUGUGUAAACUGA